GCUCUUGAUAUGAUAAGAGGUAAGAACAUCCUACUUUUGAUGGAUUCACAUUUGGAGGGGAAAUUUUCCACAGAAGAAGCUACUGCUUUGAUGGACCUUGCUUCUCGUUGUUUGCAGUAUGAACCUCGAGAUCGCCCGAAUACCAAAGAUCUAGUUGCUACACUUUCCCCCUUACAAACUAAAACUAGUGUACCAUCUCAUGUGAUGCUCGGAAUUUCGAAACAUGAAGAGGCCCCUGUUACUCCGCCACACCCCCUCUCUCCUAUGGGCGAAGCCUGCUCGAGGAUGGACCUCACCGCCAUCCAUCAAAUCUUAGUGAUGACACACUACAGAGACGAUGAAGGAACUAAUGAGCUGUCUUUCCAGGAAUGGACACAACAAAUGAGGGACAUGCUCGACGCUAGAAAACGAGGGGACUUUGCAUUCCGUGAUAAGGAUUUUAAGACUGCCAUUGAUUGUUACUCUCAGUUCAUAGAUGUUGGAACGAUGGUCUCGCCCACUGUAUACGCGCGGCGAAGCCUCUGCUAUCUGUUGUGCGAUCAACCGGACGCCGCUCUUCGGGAUGCGAUGCAAGCACAGUGCAUCUAUCCAGAAUGGCCUACAGCAUUCUACAUGCAGGCAGUAGCCUUGGCCAAGCUCAACAUGAACAGCGAUUCUGCCGAUAUGUUAAAUGAAGCAGCUGGACUUGAGAAGAAGAGGCAAAAUGGUGGCAGAGGUACUUGAACAAACCCCAAUUCUCCCAUAACGUUGGGAUCAGGUGUGAUAUUUUGUGAUUAUUAGGGCUUUUUUUUUCUCCCAUAAAUUGUAAUGUAGAGUACUAAUGCGUUUGGUUUACUCAUUAAUGGUAUUUAUAAUUCUUUUCCUUGAUGAUGUAUAUGAACAGAGGAUCAAAACGUAUGUUGGAGUGUUCAGAAGAGCUCAUUUUUUGUUCAUUUUA